AUGUUUGCACUAGAGUCUUUUCGUAUUUAUCGAUAUCUGCGGCUAUGUUGGUGUUGUAGAAGAUGCAAGACUUCAAAUACAAGGGGAAAGGAGUUUCUGUCUCAGAACCAAUCCAUUCCCGUUGAAGAUGUAAAUUCGGCAAUAGUUGAGAGAAUGAAGCUUAUACUAGAAGAAAAGAUUCAAUCACAGCUGGCUACUUCUACAAAACUACUAUCAAAAGCGGAUCCUUCAGUACAGGCUAUUCUCACGAAAUAUGAUUAUGGCUCUUAUAAUGAUAACCAGAUGGAUUUCGAACAAGCACAAGCAUACAUAAAGAACGAGCCACUAUUAUCCACCAAUAAACAUGCAAGAGAUAUUUACAAUUCUAAACCCUGGCACGGCAAAGAGUCGACUUAUGAUGCUAAUCUAAGGAUGAUCAUUGAUCUGGUGCCUAAACCUGUGAAUGAUCCAAUGAGCACUUUUAAAGCCAAGAGACGAGUAGUAACUGCAAACGAUAGGUUAUCUCUUGCAAAAGACAUGAGCUUAGAUUAUAAAGUCAACAAAAGGGGAAAGGAGGAAGCAAGAUUUCGAGAAUUGUAUAAAGAAAGAUUAUUGGGUCCUUCAAUGUUACUAAAUAAUUCAGGUUUGGUUGCAUCUUCAAUUGAUGCUGUUGGUAGUAUAGCUAGCAACAAGAUCAAUGCUUCAAUCAACCAACAGACGGGGAAAUUCGAUGAUCCUGAAAUGUCAGCUGUUCGUGGUAUGCCCUUGACUACUAGUCAUUUAAAAAAUUGUACCGAUACCAAUUAUUUCAUGAAUCAGAUAUUGAAAAAACAAGAAGUCCUUCCGCCAUGGAUUGAAGCUCAACAAUCUUUGAACAAAGCUGUGGCUAGUUUUAGGCAAAAUCUUGAUGAAAUGUGGUUUAAAUGGAUAUUGAACGAUUCGGUAAUGAGCAAUCCAAUAAACCAGGCCACUACAAUCAAUGAGAUUUUGACUUUCUACGAAAAGAACAUCACGAAAAUUACAUAUUCCAACGAGAAUAAACUUCCCAAUGUCGACCUAAAAUUCAUUGAAUCAAAGAUUAAAUUGAUAAAUUCACAAGUGCGCCAUUAUAAUCUACAAUGUCCAAGUGCGAGUGGCCAUAAGCUUAAACUCAAUGGGGACAAAGAGAUUAAGGAAUCUUAUUGGAGAACGUUGGAGCAAUUCCCCAGCUUGGUUGAAAAAUGGUACUUGGUGCAUAAAGCCAAAGGCAAAUCUAAAUUGGUAGAUAACAGUAAUAACAAUGGACAUGUUUCAGCAAUGUUCAAAGAUUUGACUUUCAAGAGUGGUGCACCUGAAAUUCAUGUAAAUAAAGACAUUGACACAAGACUUCAUUUAUGGCAAGCAAUCAAGGAUAUCUUUAAAAGGUAA